CGCAGGGAAGGAAGCCCGGGAAUGAGAGAAAGCGGCUCUGAGGGGAUAGCGGGCCAGUGAGGGCCGCCCGUGUUUUGAAGCGGUUUUCGUCUCUUUCCGCUGGUGGCCUCGGAGCUCACGCUGGGGCGGGUACCGGUAGCGCGAGGCGGUGCAGGGCGGGAAGGGGAGUCGUGGCGGCUGCGGCGGCGGGGACAGCAGCGACGGCGGCGGCAGGGACAGCAGGAGCAGUGGUGCUGUCAGCACGGCCGUCGGAGACAUGGGAGACCCGGGGUCGGAGAUAAUAGAAUCUGUCCCUCCAGCUGGCCCUGAGGCAUCUGAGUCAACAACGGAUGAAAAUGAAGACGACAUUCAGUUUGUCAGUAUUCUGUUUCCUAAAAUGCCAAAACGACAGGGUGAUUUUUUGCAUUUUUUAAAUAUGAAGAAGGUGAAAACAGACACAGAAAAUAAUGAAGUGAGCAAAAAUCACUGUGGAUUGUCUAAGGCAAAGGAACUACAUUUCGAGUAUAUUGAACAACCAAUCAUUGAAGAAAAGCCGUCACGUUCAUCAAAGGAAGAAAUAGAUAAUCUUGUGCUUCCCGAUUGUUGGAAUGAAAAACAAGCAUUUGUGUUUACAGAGCAAUACAAAUGGCUUGAAAUAAAAGAAGGUAAAUUAGGAUGUAAGGAUUGUUCAGCGGUUCGGCAUUUGGGAUCGAAAGCAGAAAAGCAUGUCCAUGUGUCCAAGGAAUGGAUUGCAUAUUUAGUAACCCCUAAUGGCAGUAAUAAAACUACUAGGCAAGCUUCUCUACGAAAAAAAAUUAGGGAACAUGAUGUUUCUAAAGCCCAUGGUAAAAUUCAGGAUUUGUUAAAGGAAUCAACAAAUGAUUCAAUUUCUAAUUUAGUGCAUAAACAAAAUAAUAAAAAUAUUGAUGCUACUGUAAAAGUUUUCAAUACCGUUUACAGUUUAGUAAAACAUAAUAGACCUUUAUCUGAUAUUGAGGGGGCAAUAGAAUUACAGGAAAAAAAUGGAGAGGUAAAUUGUUUGAAUACACGUUACAGUGCAACAAGAAUAGCAGAACAUAUUGCAAAAGAAAUGAAGAUGAAGAUAUUUAAGAAUAUUAUAGAAGAGAAUGCCAAAAUCUGUAUCAUAAUUGAUGAGGCAUCUACAGUUUCAAAGAAAAGCACCCUAGUGAUUUAUCUCCAGUGCACAAUUCAGUCAGCUCCUGCACCUGUUAUGUUAUUUGUGGCUUUAAAAGAAUUGGUGUCAACUACAGCAGAGUAUAUUUUCAAUACAUUAUUGACUACUUUAAAUGAUUGUGGUUUUACAAAUGAAUAUUUGAAAGCAAAUUUAAUUGCAUUUUGUUCUGAUGGUGCUAAUACAAUCCUGGGAAGAAAGUCUGGAGUAGCUACAAAAUUGUUAGAAAAUUUUCCUGAAAUCAUCAUUUGGAACUGUUUAAAUCAUCGAUUACAAUUGUCACUUGAUGAUUCUAUAUCUGAAAUAAAACAAAUUAAUCAUUUUAAAAUAUUUCUUGAUAAAAUUUAUUCUAUUUAUCAUCAACCUAAUAAAAAUCAAACCAACCCUCUAGGAACUGUAGCUAAAGAACUUGAAACUGAAAUUAUUAAAAUUGGUCGGGUAAUGGGACCAAGAUGGGCAGCAUGUAGUUUACAAGCUGCUACUGCUGUAUGGCAUGCAUAUCCUAUAUUAUAUAUGCAUUUUUCUCAUUCUUUCUGUGGUUUGGCAAAGAGAUUAGCUAACAUUAAUUUCUUACAAGACCUUGCUUUAAUGAUUGACAUUCUUGAAGAAUUUUCAGUACUUUCAACUGCAUUACAGUCAAGAUCAACUAAUAUUCAGAAAGCACAAAAAUUGAUCAAACGUACCAUAAGAGCUUUGGAAAAUUUAAAAAUUGGUACUGGAAAGUAUGAAUCUCAAAUUGAAGAUUUGAUCAAGUCAGAUAAGUUUAAAGAUAUUCCAUUUAAUAAAAACAAUAAAUUUAAUGCUCUUCCUAGGAAUAUAUUACUAGACAAUAUAAUUCAGCACAUGAACCUACGCCUUUUAUCUGAUGGAAACCAUGAACGUAUUUUUAAUUACUUUGAUUUGCUAGAACCUUCUACAUGGCCUUAUGAAGAAAUAACUUCACCAUGGAUAGCUGGUGAAAAAAAAUUAUUUCAUUUGUGUGAAAUUUUAAAAUGUGAAGUUGAUUUGAAUGAUUUUCGGGAAUUUGUAAAUAAUAAUAUAAAAUCAAACAAUGUUUCAAUUCCUGCAACUAUACAAAAAGCUAAAAAGAUAGUUAGCACCAUUGCAAUCAAUAGUGCUGAAGCUGAAAGGGGUUUCCAUUUAAUGAACAUAAUUUGUACAAGGGUGAGAAAUAGUUUGACAAUAGAUCAUGUGUCAGAUUUAAUGACAAUAAAUUUAUUGGGGAAAGAACUAGCAGAUUGGGAUGCAACACCGUUUGUAAAAUCCUGGUCAAAUUGCAACCACAGGUUGGCUACAGAUACGAGAGUUCGGCAAAAGUCAACAAAAGUCUUCCAUGAGAAUCAAUUGGCUUUAUGGAACUUACAAUAGAAUAUUGUAUAUGUUUUUUAUCAUCUGUAAAUUAUGUACUGCACAUCCUUUAUGUACAUAAAGGUGUUUUUUUUUUUUUUUUUUGGAAAGCCAGUUAAACUUUUGUCAGCACGUUGCUGUUUAAAAGGCGUUCUCUAAGAAGAUAAUCUUGAAGAUUGGUUUUAGGAGCUAUAGGUUUUUAGACAUUGGCCCAUGUUUCCUAGAAUGGGUCAUAAUACGUAUUCCAUGAAGUUCUGUACAGAACAAACACUAUUUAUAAUUUUGUACUGUUUUACUUUAAGGAUGCAAAAAAUAACAGGACUCAGAUAAGUUCUAAGCCCUGGAGGUUAUAUCAAAUAAAAGAGAAAUGGAAUAAAAACU